CACACACACCCUCUUCCCGCUUCUCCUCCGGGCUUGUCUUCCGGGCAACACGGACUUUUCAUGGAAUAAAUCGCUCCCGGCCUGUUUUUUGGACUUCGACUGCGAGUAAACACCCCGAGGACCAGAUGUACGAGCUGAGUCCUGGCGGUGCGCGCCGCACUUCGAGCAACUGCGCCAAUUUCUUAACUUGUCUGCGCUCCAUCAGAGGAGAGCGAGAGUAAAGCAGGUGAGCGCCGCUUCUUGUUUGUUUCAGAAGAAGUUGAAUGGGGAUUUUUUGAUCUGGAGACGACAGCCUUGCACUCGUUUUGAACUGCGGGGAUUUGUUGUUGGACCGAAGCGUUUUAAAUGUCACCGUGGUUGGUUUGAGGCUGAAGCGGCGGCGCACAGGACAGCGCAGCUCCUCUGGCCGUGGACUUUAAAACAGAUCACCAACAUGUUGUCUUUGGCAAAUAAACGUUUUCUGCAAAUCGCCCGUUUAUCCCAAUAGCCAAAGUUUCCUCCUGUGUUUGUGCGCUGUUCAGUAUUCACAGCAGCGGGCGAAGCAGCCGGAGCAGGUGAGUGACAAGCAGCGAAGAGAAGAGAAGAAUCACUACAUCACGACGGGAUAUAAGCACCGAUUAUUUCUUUUGGAGGACGAUAUAAGAAAGUAACAAGUUCGUCCAGGGCAGCAGAGAGGAGAUGACGACCAACACCGUCCUCCUGCUCUCCAUUCUCUCUCUCACAAGCAGCAGGGCAGAGAAUGCAGAGGAGCGGCUGGUGAACUACCUGUUGGGUCCGGAGCGCUACAACAAGCUGAUCAGACCAGCUGUCAAUAAGAGCCAACAGGUCACCAUCUCCAUACAGGUGUCUCUGUCUCAGCUCAUCAGCGUGAAUGAGCGGGAGCAGAUAAUGACGACCAACUUGUGGCUGUUUCAGGAGUGGAAUGACUACAGGCUCAGAUGGGACCCAGAGAAGUAUGAAGGCAUCAAGAAACUUCGGAUACCAUCCAAACACAUCUGGCUUCCUGACAUAGUGCUCUACAACAAUGCCGAUGGCGUUUAUGAGGUUUCCUUCUACUGUAAUGCGGUGGUCUCCAACACAGGAGACAUCUUCUGGCUUCCCCCGGCCAUCUACAAGUCGGCCUGCGCCAUCGAGGUGCAGAACUUCCCCUUCGACCAGCAAAACUGCACCCUCAAGUUCCGCUCCUGGACCUACGACCACACCGAAGUGGAUCUAAUGCUCACGAGCGACUUCGCCAGCCGCGACGACUUCACGCCGAGUGGGGAGUGGGACAUCGUCUCGCUCCCGGGCCGCAAAAACGAGGACCCCAAUGACAUCACCUACCUGGAUAUCACCUACGAUUUCGUGAUCCAGAGGAAGCCGCUGUUUUACACCAUUAAUCUGAUCAUCCCGUGUGUGCUGAUCACGUCACUGGCCAUCCUGGUGUUCUACCUGCCGUCGGACUGCGGGGAGAAGAUGACGCUGUGUAUCUCGGUGCUGCUGGCGCUCACUGUGUUCCUGCUGCUGAUAUCAAAGAUAGUGCCGCCCACCUCUCUCGCAGUGCCACUCAUAGGUAAAUACUUGAUGUUCACCAUGGUGCUGGUCACUUUCUCUACUGUAUGCACUGUCUGCGUCCUCAACGUGCACCACCGCUCCCCGUCCACCCACCACAUGCCCGACUGGGUCAAACGCCUCUUUUUAGUCCGACUGCCUACCUUCCUCCUCAUGAGGCGUCCAGGCUCCUCCAAUGUCCGCGACAAACUCCGCCGGAAGUACGCCAACCAGAGUAACGUGGGGAAAAGCUACCCCCAGUCCAGCACAGACAAGAGGCAGUACUCCAACAUCAGACUCGGUGGGAUUCCAAAGGACUCCGAAUCGUUCUACGUGAACGAGGACUUGGCACAAACGUUCUGCUGGAAGGCGGGCGACUUGCCAGAUGGGGGUGGUGGGUUCCCAGAAUACAGGAAGCGUUUGACUGUUCAGUGGGACGCAGACCUGGAGGAGGCAGUGGACGGAGUGAAAUACAUCUCCGAACACAUGAAGACAGAGGACGACGAUGAGGGGAUCAUAGAGGACUGGAAGUACGUAGCCAUGGUGAUAGACCGUCUGUUCCUGUGGAUCUUCAUCCUGGUGUGUGUGGUGGGAACUCUGGGGCUCUUCAUGCAGCCGCUGUUCCAAAGCUACAACACACCCACUGCUGAUGACACAGAGUACGGAGAUUUCUAGGAUUUCUGUGAUGGAUAAUCGUCUGUCAAAGAAAGUAUGACGGGGAAGCUGUGCCAGGUCUGGCUCUGAUCUGUCUUUAUUGAUCGGAUCCGAUUCACGACCAGCCGAAUCGAUGCAUCCAGCCACAUUGGUUCUAUUUGCUACAGUGGACCUUGAACAAAGAAAGAAUAAACUUUGUCUUUCUUUUUUAUCUUCAUGCAUGGCUUCUAUUUUUGAUGGACUCCAUCCAAACUCGGCCAUCACCACAGGCAUGGAAAUCUCGCUAUACUUUUUAUAACCUCUAGCAAGAUGACAUUUUCAUGGAGCUGAGAUAGUGCCUGUUCACAGGUUUUGACACGACAAACAGGAAAGCUGCAGACUGUUCUCCCCAACCACAAUUCACAAAGCUGAGGAAAAACACUGGCUAUUUGUUUUCUUCCCUUCAGUUUGGACUGGCUGGGCUGCUAAUGGAACGGUUGGAGCUCUGUGCAAUUGAGGCACAAAGGUUCAUUACACAGCGAAGCUCCUAUGAACCCACGAGGUCCGCUCUCCUCUGUAGCGUUGCUGAUGUGAAAAAUAAGACAUAAUAAAACAUUAUACCAGUUGUUGAUGGCACAGCACAAUGAACCGUAAUUUCUUUUUUUCUCCACACUUCUUGAACAAAGCUCUGAGGACACUUUGUCUUAUCUACCUUUUCUCUUCAUAAAAAUAUUAAUGCAUCGUCCCUCUCACUCUGUCUUGUUCUUGUUCUGCUUCAGAGCUUUGUGCCUCAUCUCCUCCAUCCACCUCCUGAGCAGUGUUGUAAUCGUUAUGCAUUGUUAAUGCAGUGUCUUAUUUUGAAGAAUGUGUACUCUCCUCCUGCUUCCUCUUUCUGUCACUGCGUUUGAAAUUGCAUACUGUGCAGUAGGCCGACAUACCCAACCUGUGUACUAUCGUUCAACUUACUUUUUGUGAAUAAGCAGUAUCUUUGGGAUGCCACUGCUCAUCACGUCACGUCGGUUGCAGAUGCGUAACCAGACUAACGUGCCAAUGAAGAACAAAUUUUAAAUCUAGAUUACACCGAGCUAUGUGAAACCGUACACGUCUUGAAGUGUUAUGGACAUCAUGCCAGAGCUGCCUUGAUUGCUGUUCGCCAUUGUCUGUUAUGUUGUUGUCGUAGUCAUCAGUACGUUGCACUGCAUUCAUGCCGAUGUAGUUGCAAAUAGUAUGCACAGCACAUACAACUGGCUUCAUGCGAAGGUCUUUGACAUAACUAAAAAAUAAAAAAAUCAUAUUUUUUCAGUGUGCUCAGUUGCAUGUUGGCCUGGAAUUUCGGACGCAGCCCAUUUCUCUCUCGGUUGUUUAGUUGUUCUCUGAUUAUCUCUCCUUUGUUUACCUUGUCACGUCACAACUGUAGCAGCACCAGGUGGCAUUCAGUGUUAACAAUAAAUAUGACACCGUAUUCUGUAUUCUAUUACAUAUUAUGUUAAUAAAAAGCUGUG